GGUGACGGAUGUAAACAAAGAUAGGGUCUGAGUCAGCGGUCUGUGGCUGCGAAGUGCGUUUGACCAGUGGUUGGCUGGGGUUCGCAAGCCAAAUUUGUGUCUGGUCAAGAUGAAGACGGCGAUAGCUUUAUGCAUCGUGCUGUGCGCCUACGGGAGUGUAGAUGGCUUGACCAGGGUGCCGCUGCGCCGCUUCACGUCGGCCCGGCGCGCGCUGCAGGAGGUGGGCACCGCCGUCGAGGUGAUCCGCCGCCGCUGGGGCGCCCCAGGGCCGCACCCGGAGCCGCUCUCCAACUACCUGGACGCCCAGUACUAUGGACCCAUCAGCAUUGGUACACCGCCGCAGAAGUUCCGUGUGGUGUUCGAUACCGGCUCCUCCAACCUGUGGGUGCCGUCGAAGAAGUGCCACCUGACCAACAUCGCCUGCCUGCUGCACAACAAGUAUGACAGCUCCAAGUCGAGCAGCUACACGAAGAACGACACCAAGUUCGCCAUCCAGUACGGCAGCGGCAGCCUCUCCGGCUUCCUCUCCACCGAUACCGUUCAUGUGGGCGACGUUAAGGUCGAGCAGCAGACGUUCGCCGAGGCGCUGAGCGAGCCGGGCCUGGCGUUCGUGGCGGCCAAGUUCGACGGCAUCCUUGGCAUGGCCUUCCCGACCAUCUCGGUAGACGGCGUCAUGCCCGUCUUCAACAAAAUGGUCGAGCAGAAGGCCGUCGGCGACGCCAUCUUCUCGUUCUACCUCAACAGGGACCCGCACGCGGCCGAGGGCGGCGAGCUGAUCCUGGGCGGCUCCGACCCGGCCAAGUACUCGGGCGACUUCACCUACGUGCCGGUCGACAAGCCCGGCUACUGGCAGUUCAAGAUGGACAGCCUGGAGAUCGGCGAUGCGCGCUUCUGCCGGGGCGGCUGUCAGGCGAUCGCCGACACGGGCACCUCGCUGAUCGCCGCGCCCACCGCGGAGGCCGAGGCCAUCAACAAGGCGAUCGGCGCCGUCCCCAUCAUCGGCGGCGAGUACAAGGUGGACUGCAACCUGAUUCCGAGCCUGCCCACCAUCGACUUCGUGCUGGGCGGCCGCAACUUCACGCUGGCCGGCAAGGACUACAUCCUGACGGUCUCGCAGGCCGGCGCCACCAUGUGCCUCUCCGGCUUCAUCGGCCUGGACGUGCCGGCGCCGAUGGGUCCCAUCUGGAUCCUGGGCGACGUCUUCAUCGGCAAGUAUUACACCGAGUUCGACAUGGCGCAGAAGCGCGUGGGCUUCGCCGUGGCCGUGUAGAGGCUGCCCGUCGCGGAGAAAGCGGCGGCCGAGCGGAGGCUGCCGCCGGCCGGCGCGCCGAAAACCGCGGGAGGAAUGCGCGCGGCCGCUGGAGGUGGGGGCGCCACUGCGCGGCCCAUUCAAUCCGGCGUGGCCACGCGGGAGGCCGCCUUUCCGGCGCCGCACGGCAAUCAACCGCUGUUUACCAGGCUAUUCUCACUGCUUACCGACCACCUACAGAUCGCGCUUAUCGCAAGAUGUGAUUUUAUCCCGCCGUGAUAGCUUGUAUUGGCUUUGAGCAUUGUACUCGACACGGGCUGCUCUCCAGUUCGAAUUUGGCGCCCCUCGCCGAUUCAAACGGUGUUGUUCGCCUGUGGGAAGGGAGGGAGGGGACGACCGUUACGGCGCGGCGGCGCGCUGCUGUCGUCUUAUCAAUGGCGGCGGCGGGCCGUGCAUUUCCGGCCGGGGCCCGGCGUGGCCCCGGCGGCAGUGAUGGUGUCUGUACUCGGGGCCAGUGUCUUCUGGCGCGUGACGCGUCGACGUGUCUUGUAUACUGAAUACAUGCAUCAUCUGAA